AUGUGUUCAAUUCCAUUUCAGAUGAAUCCCAGAUGUUUUCUAUUGCUUGCAAUUCUUAUUAUUAAUGUUUCAUCGAAUUUACUCUUGCCUGAAUAUGAACAUUGUGAUGCGCCAUUGGGGAUGGAAUCAGGUACAAUUACUGAUAAUGAUUUGAGUUCAAGUUCAACACAUGAUGCGAGUAGUGUUGGUGCACAAAUGGCAAGGAUUCGAAGUGAAAUUGAAGGUGGAGCAUGGUGUCCGGACAAACCAAUUGGAAUCAAUUCAUAUGAAUAUCUUGAAAUUGAAUUAUCGCAAUUAUUUUUUAUAAAUUCGAUCGAAACACAAGGUCGAUUUGGCAAUGGACAAGGUAGAGAAUUUGCAGAAUUCUAUCGAAUUCAAUACCAACGAGAUAAUCAAUCAUUGGGUUGGCUUACUUAUCGAAAUCAAAUUACAAAUGACACCAUGCUCAAAGGAAACACUAAUACAUAUGUUGCAGAGAAACGUUCACUUUCUUCACCAUUUCUCGCGAAACGCGUUCGAAUUAUUCCUCAGAGCAAACGUUGGCGAACUGUUUGUAUGCGAGUUGAACUCUACGGAUGUCCUUACUAUGGUGGUGUGACUUCUUAUACAACUUCACCAAGUGUUGAUAAAGAUCACACAUAUGAUGGUAAAAUCUUUUAUUCGAUAGAUUUUUUCGUUGGAUUGAAUUGUAUUCAAUUAGGUGGAAUUGGAAAAUUGACUGAUGGAAUUAUUGGUGGUGAUGAAAAUCAUUGGAUUAGUUGGAAUAGAUCGCCUGUUAUAAUUGAAUUCGAUUUUGAUAUGACACGGCAUUUUAAGACAAUACAAAUCUAUACAAUGAAUCAAAAAUAUGAAUCUGUUGAAAUGAAAUUUGAUGAUAAUCGUGUAGUGAAACAUCGCGUAUCAUCGAUGGAAUCUUCUUUGUCUACAGUAUUUUUUGAUAAAAUUCAAUUGAAUCAAUAUGGAAAUGAGUUUAUUGGAAAAAAAUUACAUAUGAAAUUUGAGUUCAGUCACACUCAAUUACUUUUUCUUACAGAAAUUACUUUCGACAACGAACCAGUAUCAUUCAUAAUGCAAAACACGACAAAUUGUUCGACAAUAAUUCUUCACAGUUCAACUUAUGCAACAUCAACAUUGCUGAUUUUUAAAUUCGAAUGGUUAACAAUCGUUAUUAUUUCCAUUCUUCUCUUCGGCUUUUUUCUUCUUCUACUACUUAUUUUGUAUCGAAUUCGUCAAUAUCGUCUCCGACGACGUUCUCAUCAUCGUCUACGACAAGAUAGUAAUCUCUAUUACAAAUCCUCUCAAAUGACAACUACAACAAGUGGAUCAUGUACAUCAACUUCGAGUGAACACGAUGGAAGUACAUUACCUGUAUCUCAGAAGAUCACUCAAAUGUUUUUAUCUGGUAAAUACGAUGAUAUGACUAGUGAAAAACAAUCUAUGGGUUCGUAUAUUUAUCCAAUAACAUCAACAACAUCUUUACUACAAACUACACCAUCAUCAUCGGUAUUUCAAGGAGAACAAUAUGCUGUAAUUGAUGGAAAUUAUUCUUCAAGUACUUAUAAACAAUGGUCAAACACUAAUACAUUUCAUUAUGCAUCAUCUGAUAUUGAACAAAUCGAAAAAGUGUACUAUAAUCAACAUUUGAGCUUAUUUAAUUGUAUUAUUCCGCGAGAAAUUCUUUCAUCGACAUGUUCUCAUUCACCUCCGAUCAUAAUUGAUGAAUCGAAAUUGAUUGCCAUUCGAAAAGUCUCGGAAACUGUCAACGGAGAAAUUUAUUUCGGAAAUUAUUUCAUCAAUAACGAACCAAAAUGUGUGUUGAUCAAAAUAGUCAAAUCGAACUCAAUUCAUUCAUCACGACAAACUUUUCUCAACGAAAUGGACAUUUUAGCACGGUUAAAUCAUCAAAAUUUGGCAUGUUUAUAUGGAGCACAACUCAAAUCUCUUUAUCUUGUUCAAGAACAUUCACAUUUCGGAAGUUUACAAGAUUAUUUUCAUACACUAUCAAAUCAUCAAACAAAUGAUGCGACCUUUCAAAAGAUGAAUAUGUUUUUUGCGUAUCAAUUAGCAAAUGCACUUCAGUAUUUAUCACAGUUAAAUCUCAUUCAUGGAGAUGUUGCAACACGAAAUUGUCUGUUCUAUGCUGAUUAUACAAUUAAAUUAACAGAUUGUGCAAUGGCUUUACCACAAUAUCAACAUGAAUAUUGGAUGGGAACGAAUGGACAGUUAAUACCAUUGAGAUGGAUGGCACCAGAAGCAUUAACAAUGAAAACAACAACAAAAUCGGAUGUAUAUUCAUUUGCAGUUACUUUGUGGGAAAUCUGGUCGCGAUGUUCAUAUUUGCCAUAUGUAUCAUUAAGAAAUGAAGAACUACACCAACGUCUUCUUAUACGAGAAAAAGAUGCGAAAAAUGACACAUCAUUCAAUUUAUCUGUUCCAGCAGAUUGUCCUAAAGAAAUUUAUGAUUUAUUAUGCGAAUGUUGGCAUAUUGAAGGAACAAAACGACCAAAUAUAUCUGAUAUUGCACAUUAUUUUAAACGACAGAUCGAUGCAACACGAUCAAAUUCUAGUUCAUCAUAA